AGCCCCUGUUUCGCGCGUGCGCAGACGCGUCAGCAGCAUGGCUGCAGGCAGCAGUAUGGAGUGGCUGAAGAGUGUGAAAGGAGUGAUCUUAGACUGUUGCGGAGUUCUGUAUGACAGCGGAGAGGGAGGAGGACAAGCGAUACACGGAUCUGUAGACGCGGUGCGGAGGCUGAUAGAUUCGGGUCUGACGGUGCGUUUCUGCACUAAUGAGACUCAGAACACGCGUGAGAGGUUCGUGCAGAAGCUGCAUAAGAUGGGCUUCGACAUCAGUGUGAGUCACGUGUUCUCACCAGCGCCGGCCCUCAUUCACAUCCUCAGAGAGAGAGGACUGCGGCCUCACCUGCUGGUGUACGACGAUCUGAUCCCGGAGUUUGACGGCGUGGACGUGAGUUCUCCAAACUGUGUCGUCAUCGGAGACGCGGCGGAUAAUUUCUCCUACAAGAACCUGAAUGAAGCCUUCCGCGUUCUGAUUGGCCUGGAGAAACCGCUGCUCUUCUCUCUGGGUCAAGGACGCUACUAUAAGGAGACGGACGGUCUGAAGCUGGAUGUGGGCGUGUUCAUGAAAGCGCUGGAGUACGCGUGUGACGUCCAAGCCGAGGUGGUGGGAAAACCAUCAGCUAAGUUCUUCCAGACAGUCCUCAAUGACAUGAAGCUCCAGCCGCAUGAGGUUGUGAUGAUCGGUGAUGAUCUGGUCAAUGAUGUGGGCGGAGCUCAGUGCUGCGGGAUGAAGGGUCUUCAGGUCAGAACCGGCAAAUACAGGCCGAGCGACGAGCAGCACCCGAGCGUGAGAGCCGACGCUUACGUGGACGACCUCGCCGCCGCCGCGGACGCCAUACUGACCAAUCACUGAUCAGGAAUGACACUAGUAAUUGAUGAAGUACUGUAGGAUCACACUGAUGAAGCUGCACUGAGUCAUGAAGAAAACUGUGAUAGCCAGAUGAAUAAUAAAUAUGUAAAUAAUAUAGUCAAUAACACUUGACUUGGAGCCUUUAUGUUUAAUGCAUUAUAAAAGUAUUCAUAAUGUAAUUACAAUGCAUUGUAUCUUUUCAUAAGUAAUUUUAAGCAAAGUUAAAUGCAUUAUAAUAUUCAAAGGUUUGGCAUGUGUUUUAAUGCAUUAUACUUUACAAAGGUGUAACAGUAAAUAGAUGAAGUGUUUUAUUGUACUAUAACUGUGGUUACAAUUAAGCGAUCAUACAAUGCAUUACAGAGCAGAAUUAAUGCAUCGAAACCACUUUUACAAAGCAUUAUACACAAAGGCUUUAAAUGUUAUGAAAAUAGUCUUUUUAGGACAGUUAUGUAAUAUUUGUGUAUCUCCAUGAAUGAUAAUCCUCCUGUUUUCACACAGUGAUUGUUUUAAAUCGACAUUCAGCUCAACAAACAUCAUGUUGAAUAAAACAUUAUUUUCGCAUUCA